UCGGUUAAGCUGAUACUGAACAUUUUAUAUCAACGAGUGUUGAACGCACUUGUCUGUUCAACGUGCCAUUGCUCAGCUCUGUUCCGGAUAGGCAAUUCUCUGGAUUACACCCAUUCGCCUCUUUUACUCCUGGGCGGGAUUGAAACGUGGAAAUCAACUCUAAUCGCGACCAUGACUCCCUUGCAAGCUUUGUAUGGGAGAAUCUCUCAAUCCGCUCCCCCGAGAUUCUGACACUUGGUUGCGAGAGGCGUCCUUGUCAGCUCGAAUUUGGACCCUUUGGACCGGAUACGUCGAUUUGCAAUCCCAAAUAAUAUUUUGUUUCAUUAUUCUACCGGGUGGUUGUUUAUCAUUCUUGUCUUGCAUUACGAAAAGGUGUUUAGUCUCAUGUAUCAGAUGGCGAAUCGUUCCAGUGGCAAAUGUUCGGAGCUGCAAAUAUAUAUAUAAUACGUUGCAGCCUGGUUGUCCAUUUGUCCGUUUGACGGUAAAGAGUAAACUCGGAGUACGCACGUUUCAUCAUCAUCAUCAUCAUCAUCAUCGUAAUGUAUACGGUAUACGGUAUACGGUAUAUGGUAUAAGUAUCAUUUUCUAUUGAAAUGGCUGGUAAGGAUAAGUGUACCGGAGUAGGUAGUGUAGGCAGUGUUAGGUGUAGAUAAUUCAAAGCUCUAUAAUCUCUAAAUAUUGGUAUCGGUACUGGUAUCGUAGCGGUAUUAGUAUUGGUAUUGGUA